AUGAGACUCUUGUUCCCGGAGUGUUAUGUGGAUACGGUUUCGACGGCGUCGUCCGAUCAUUCUGCGAUCUCGUUGAGCUUGGAGGGUGCUAUUACGAUAUGCUCGCCUAGGAGGGAUUAUUUCAAAUUUGAUGCGUGUUGGGCUAAUGAAGAUCAAUGCCGGAAUAUUGUGCAUCGGGUUUGGGAGAACAAUGAAGAUUCUUUCUCAGUUAAAGUGGGGAAGAUAAGGUCUAUGCUAGGAGACUGGCAGAGAGCAAGAAGAAGUCAAGCCAAGAGGGAAGAGAGGCGCUUAAAGAGUUUUAUUCUUAGGCUUACUUUAGGUCCGAUCACAGAUGAGUCUUGUGAGCUACGGAGGAAAGCCCUUGUGGAUCUUAAGGACGUUAUGGAUAAAGAUGAGAUGUUUUGGCUUCAAAGUUCUCGAGUUGCGUGGCUUAAGGAUGGGGAUCGUAAUUCUUCCUUUUUCCAUAAAAGAGCUAAUGGGCGUCGCAAAAAGAAUUGGAUCGAGGGGUUGGAGAGUGAAGGGGGUUUGGAGUGA